AUGCUAGCGACACCACCACCAUCGCCUUCAUACAGCGCAUCAGUGGCGCCUGAGAAUCGACUUGGGUGUCUGUUAGCCGGCCGGCUAGAGCUGACCUCGAUACUUGGUAUUGGAGCAUAUGGCGUCGUCUACACCGCCAUCGACAUCCACACAAAUAUCCCAUACGCGGUCAAAGCCCUUACCAAAACCGGACUCAACGCCAGGCAGAGGAGAUUCCAGCAGCGAGAGAUCAAGUUGCAUCACAAAGCCAGCCAGCACCCAAAUGUGGUCUCACUCGUGAGAAUACUGGACAACCCUGACUGUACUUAUGUUGUAAUCGAGUUUUGUCCCGAAGGCGACCUUUUCUCCAAUAUCACAGAAAGAGGGCAGUUUGUUGGUAACGAUGCUCAAGCCAAACAUGCGUUCCUCCAAGUUCUGGAUGCUGUUCGAUAUUGCCAUUCCGUUGGAAUCUACCACCGGGACUUGAAGCCCGAGAACAUUCUGGUCACUGACCAGGGCAAUACUGUUAAACUUGCGGACUUCGGCUUGGCAACCACCGAGCAGUUCACGUCAGACUUUGGCUGCGGCUCAACUUUCUACAUGUCGCCAGAAUGUCAACAAUCUGCAUCCAGGUCUUCCUACUGUUACGAAUCAGCGCCGAACGAUGUUUGGAGUCUGGGAGUAAUCCUAAUCAAUCUCACCUGUGGCCGCAACCCAUGGAAACGAGCUUCACCCGAGGACUCUACUUUUCGCGCAUAUCUGCAGGAUGCAAAUUUUCUCCGGUCGAUCUUGCCAUUGUCAGCAGAACUUGAUUCCAUCCUGCGCCGCGUGUUUGAGUGUGACCCGGCGAAGAGGAUCUCUCUCCAGGAACUCCGGGACUUGAUUGUCGCCUGUCCAAGGCUGACUACAAGUGCCUACGACACCUUACCACCAAGCCCGGUUGUUCAGCCCUACGACGCUCUCGACCCUCACGAAUGUGCAAACCUUGCACUUCCAUCAUCGCCUCCAAUUUCGCCACGACCUCAUUAUUGCCGUACCCAGUCCUCCGUCUGCUCUCUACUCGAUCCUACGUCCAAGCAGAGCUCUCUUUGUUCCUCUUCUUCCGAUGGAUCGGAGUAUCAUUUUGACUCUCAUUGUCCAGAACAGACCCCGUUUGUGGCACCACCUUUCAACUUCUAUGGCAACGUAAUACCUUAUUCUGAUGUGGACGAGAAGUCUUUUUGCCAUCAACAAACUUUCACUCCAACUUUAGUUCCAGCAUAUUAA